GGUAGCGGCGUGUGUGUGUAAACAGUGUGGAUUUUUAAAGAAAUAUAUUAAAUUUUGAAAUAGAAUAUUAAAUCACCUUUUCUAGAUUAUUUUUCUUUAGGAUUUUUUUAAAAAAGGGCUGGAAAAAUGAAGACCAAAUCGUCAUAUCAUAAAUCGGAAAACACUUUUAGGUUUCUUACCUUUUCUGAACGGCUUGCUAAUGUAAAUAUCGAUGUCAUUCAUCGUAUUGACAGGACGGGAAGCUAUGCAGAGGAGGUUGAAACAUACUUUUUUGAAGGGCUGAUGAAAUGGAGGGACCUGAAUUUAACGGCACAUUUUGUGAAGUUUCUCAAAGAAGUGAUCCACAAAUGCCAGUCCUUCAACCUGCUGGUUUUCCACCAGAGUUCAGUUGUGGAGAGUUUGAAGGUCCACCUCAAAGUCAAAGACAGCCUGGCCUAUCAGCCUCUUUUGGACCUAGUGGUUCUGCUGGCCAGAGACCUCCAGACUGAUUUUUAUCCCCAUUUUCGAGAUUUCUUUAUUAUUGUCACCUCCCUGCUGGAGACUCAAGACACACAGCUGUUGGAAUGGGCUUUUACCUGCCUGUCCUACCUCUACAAGUACCUGUGGAGGCUCAUGGUGAAGGAUAUGGCCGAGAUUUACCGGUUGUAUAGUACGUUGCUGGCACACAAAAAGGAACACAUCCGAAAUUUUGCUGCAGAAAGCUUUGCUUUUUUGAUGAGAAAGGUGUCUGACCUGGAUGGCCUCUUCAACUUCAUGUUCCUCGAUCUGGAGGAGCACCCAGAAAAAGCAGAGGGCGUCGGUCAGCUGCUGUUUGAAAUGUGCAAGGGCGUCAGGAACAUGUUUCAUUCGUGUGCCAAGAAGGCAUUUGCCAUUGCUCUGAGGAAGCUGGGGCCCGUGACGGAGAAGGAGCAGACUCUGCCCUGGGUGACAGUUGGAGAGGCGCUCGAGCACAUGGCCCAGACCACAGCUUCACACGUCCACACGGAGCACUUCGUGGUGCUGUGGGAUGCCUUGCAGGCAUGCGCCGAUGAGGUGUCGGGAGAGCUGCAGGGCGCGGACAGUGAGUGCUCGCCCCAGAUCGAGAGGCUCCUGCGGGUUUACCAGGCGUUAGUGGAGCAUGGGCACGGGUCAAAGGUCACCAAGCCGGAGCUGGUGUGUGAGACACUGAUGAAGCUUGCCCAGGCCCCCCAGCUGCAUGUGUCCUGCAGACAGCAGCUCUUGAAGGUGAUCUCGUCUCUGGUGCUGGGCGAGAAUGUCACCCUGCCGUCCACCUUGAUUGAGGAAGCUGUUCGGAAGGUGUUUGGAAGUGGAAUGGGCCAGGAGCUGAUUCUGCCUUUCUCGGAAGAGAUGUUCAGCAUGAAGCAGUUCGAACAGCUUUUCCUGCCCAGUCUGCUUCAGUAUUUGGAGCACCUGUUUGGGAUGGAUGACUCUGUCGUUCGCCAACUGGCUCUGGAGCUGCUUGCGAAACUGAUCUUGUUCAAGGCCGCACCUCCAACUGAUGGAUCCAUGGCCUUCGAGAAGUACCCUCUCGUUUUCACAGGACAGUCUUCGGGGAGCUUCCCCUCGGACCUGUCUGCCCUGCUGCUGGCAGACCUGUACUACUCCAGACUGGCUCUGAACGGCUGCACUGAGCACCUCUCCCAUGAUGCCUUGCUGGGGUUAUAUGCCACUCUUCACCGCAACCUCUCUUCAAAUAUAUCCAAGGUUCGACUGCUGACGUUGAGAAUCUUUACUCACUUUGAAGCUGAGCUUCCACAGCGAGUGCAGGAUGAGGAACGAGUGGAAACGCAGACAGUGUUCGCAAUCUCCCUGCAAGCAGAGCUGGUUCCAGCGACUGUCCACGACUACAGGGAGAAGCUGCUUCACCUGCGCAAGCUCAGACACGACUUGGUGCAGACUGCUCUUCCCAGAGGAGCCUUCCAGGAGGUUCCCCUGCGCUACCUGAUUGCAAUGCUGUACCUCAACUUCAGUCCUCUGUGGGACCCUGUUAUUGAGCUCAUAGUAUCCCAUGCCAAGGACAUGGAUAAUAAAGAUUUCUGGAAAGUCUUUUACGAACAUCUGGAUAUGGUGGCACUUUUAGCAGAGAAAGAGCUCCGUGAGGAGGCCAAGGAGGAGCCGGGUACGGGCCUUGAUCGGGACAGAGUUGCAUGUGGCGACGUGGGGGUGCUGUACCUCGAGCAGCUCGGGGGUGCCACGGAGCUGGACGACCGGACCGACUUCACCAACUUCCGGUUCCUGCUGUGGAAGGCGAUGGCCCUGUUCCCCGACAGGGUGGAGCCCCGCUCCAGGGAGCUGGCUCCGCUGCUGCUGAGGUUCACUGAUAACGAGUACUACCCAGCCGAUCUCUUGGUGGCGCCGACGCAGGACCUGCGCAAGCAGCACGGUGCUGCGCCGGAGCCAGAGGAGGCCGGAGAGGAGGACGUGGGAAUGAAAGACGAGGAGGAGGAGGAGGAGGAGGAGGAAGAGAAAGACCGCGCAGAGCCACGGAAGCAGGCUGGGAAAAAGACGCCGAGGAAGGCGGCCGCUAAGCAGCUGAUCGCACACCUGAAAGUGUUCUCACUGUUUGCCAAUCCACGGUCCCUUUAUCUGGAGCCAAAACUGAGAGAGCUGUACACUCGGCUACUUUCCCAUCAAGACCAAGGGAUCCAGAAAAUAGCUCUGGAGUGCAUCCUGACUUACAAAGACAGCUUCCUUCUGCCUUACAAGGAAAACCUCCAGAGGCUCCUGGAUGACAAGCUCUUUAAAGAGGAGAUUGUUCAUUUUAACAUUUCUGAAGAGUGUGCUGUAGUAGAGGCGCCCCACAGACCGGGACUCAUGCCUGUUCUAAUGAGAAUCCUUUACGGGCGGAUGAGGAGUAAGACGGGCAGCAGGUCCCAGGGUAAAGCAGGAGCCGUGACUCGGACAUCCAUCGUCCUGCGCUUCCUAGCGGGAUCCCUCCCGGAGGAGAUCGGGAUGUUCAUCGACCUCCUCCUGGAGCCCGUCCGUCACUACAGCCAAGGUCCCUGCCUGGCUGCGGUACAGCGAGCCCUGGAGCAGACGGACCUGUCCAGGGUGCUCCCUUUGGGCCAACAGCACAGCAUUCUCAACAGCAUCGAGCUCGUCAUAAAACGACUGGGCCACCUGAUUCACCACUACCUGCCAAAGAUACUGCAGAUCCUCCUGUGUGUCACAGCCUCCGCCUCCGCCGUGCUGGACCGAAGGGAACAGGUACAAGCAGGAUGUCGCAGCCCGUUGAAGAACCUGAGGCGCCUGGGAAUCCUCCGAAUCCAGGAUUUCUUCGAUGGCUUUGAGUCUUACAGCUUUGCUGCGGAGGAAGUUGACGCCGUGUUCCUGGCAGUGGUUUGGCCCCAGGUCACCCGUCUUCCUUCUGAGAGCCCUUAUGCACCGACCCCACUGCUGAAACUGCUCCAUGUGUGGAGUCGGAAUGCCAGGUAUUUCCCUCUGCUGGCCAAGCAGAAGCCGGGCCGCCCGGAGUGCGACGUCCUCCACAACGUGUUCGCUCUGCUCUCGGCGAAGAACGUCUCCCAGGCGACGGUGAGCGUGGUCAUGGACGUCGCCGAGAGCCUCGUGUCCGCGCCCGACUUCGAGCCCGGCGAGGGCGCCGGCCCUCUGACCGUCGGCUGCUGUGUGGUUCCGGAGCCUGCGGAAGGGACGGGCGCUGCCGGAGAGCACCUGACCCUGGGCUGCAAGCUGCUCCUGCCCUGCAUCCCGGCCGUGCUGCAGUACCUCAGCGGGGUGGUGGGCAACGCGGAGCGGAUGAAGAAGAAGAAGUUCAGGGCACAAGUCAGCAAGGAGCUCGGCAUCCUGUCCAAGAUCAGCAAGUUUGUGAGUGACAAGGAGCAGAGCUCAGUGCUCAUUAGACUCCUUUUACCCUAUCUCCACAAGCCCAACAAUACACAGGAAACAGAGAUUGAUAUCUUGGAGACGACUCAGAACUUACUGAAGCAAAGCGCAAACCCAGCUGCCUUCCUCAAGCCCAUAGCCAGACUCUUCUCCAUAAUCCAGAACAAGCUGUCCCGUCAGACUCUCUGCAGGCUGUUCCAGACAUUAGCGGAUUUGGACAGUGGAUUGAAGUACAUUACUGACAUCACGGCCAAGCUGAAUGCUUUCGACCGAAAACACCUGGAUGAAGUCAAUUUCGACCUUCGCCUGUCAGCUUUCCAGUCGGUUACCACACACAUCAAAGAGAUGACCACUCUCGAUGUCAGUUACCUCUUCACAGUCAUGCAGAACUGCUUCCAUUCCAUUGAGUUAGGUGAUAUGUCCCUGGGUGACAGCGCCACCUUGUGCCUGAUGGCUAUCAUCGCUCAGGUAGCCACUGUGGACCACACUGCAGAGGAGUUCAGAGAAAUAAUCCAGCGAACUAUGCUGGAGGCUGUGAAGAGAGGGCUCAGGAGCAAAACAGAGAGUGUUCAGCAAGCAUACACAACAGUGCUCUCUAGCCUGAUCCAGACAUUCCCCUCGAACCCGGAGUUAAAGGACUUGGUCCAGCUGACCGAUUACAAUGACCCGGAGUCUGACUUCUUUGAGCACAUGAAGCACAUCCAGAUCCACAGGAGAGCUCGAGCCUUAAGAAAGUUUGCUAAACAGCUCACAGAGGGAACUAUAGUUAUGUCACCCAAAUCCCUGCAGAGCUACAUCAUGCCUUAUCCUAUGACUGCACUGUUUGACGAGAAGAUGUUAAAGAGAAUUCCCAUAGCGUUCGCCAUGGUCAAAGUCAUGCAGUCCCUCCCACAGGAGGUCAUGGAAGCGAACUUACCUGGCAUUCUGCUGAAGGUGUGUGUGCUGCUGAGAAAUCGCUUCCAGGAGAUCCGAGAUGUCGCUCGCAACACCCUUAUCAAAAUCAUAGAGACCCUGGGCUGCCGCUACCUUCAGUACCUCUUGAGGGAGAUGCAGUCGGUUUUAGUCAAGGGCUAUCAGGUGCACGUCCUGAGCUUCACCGUGUAUCAGCUGCUGAAGGCUGUCAGUGGCUCACUGCAGAGCGGAGACCUGGAUCCUUGCAUGAACAUCCUGGUGGAGAUCUUCAACAACGAGCUGUUCGGUAAUGUGGCUGAAGAGAAGGAAGUGAAAGGAAUUGUCUCCAAGGUGAUGGAGGCAAGAAGCAGCAAAAGCUACGAGUCCUAUGAGAUCUUGGCCCAGUUUGCUGGGAAGGACCAAGUGGCUCGUCUUAUUUUGCCCUUGAAAGAGUCGAUCUCGAUCCUGGUGAAGAACGUGAAGAAGCACAGCAUCACAGACAAGCAGCUGCAGGUCCUGCUGGCCUACGCGGAAGAGGACAUCUACGACCAGUCCAGACAGGCAACAGCGUUCGGGCUGCUGAAGGCUAUUUUGUCGAGGCAGCUUGUUGUUCCGGAAAUGGAAGAUGUGAUGCAGAAAGUGGCCAAGUUUUCUAUAACUGGACAGAACGAACAGAUCCGUGUCCAGUGUCGUCAGGUACUCAUAACUCUUCUUUGUAUCCUCGGUUGCUGUAUGUUUAAAAUCUCACUUUAUUUUGACAGUUACGAAUAUGAUACCGGAAGAGAGUCAGCCCUGGAAAUUAUGGCCUAUAUCUUCCAGACCUUCCCCCAGAAACUGCUGCAUCACCACUGCGGCCUGUUGUUCGCGCCCCUCGCCUUGGUGAUGGUGAAUGAUGAUUCUCCAAAGUGCAAGAAGAUGGCCGCCCUGGCUAUCAAAUCGCUUCUCAGCAAGCUGGACGUAGACCACCAGGACAACAUGUACGCCUUGGUACAAGCCUGGCUCACUGACGAGAAGAGCUCACUCCGGCGCCUGGGGGUCCAGGUCUGUGGGCUGUUCGCAGAAGGAGAAGGUCUGCAGUUCGGCAGACGACUGGAGGAUCUGCUCCCUCUUAUUGAAAGUGAGAUCGACCCUUCGAAAUUUGAAAACAUUGAAGAAGAAGCCGAUGAAAAGGCUGCUGACAGACUGCUGUUCAGUCUUCUCACUCUGGUGACCAAACUGGUGAAGGAAUGUAACUUCCUGCAGCUUUCCAAACCACAGGAAACCCUCAGGAAAAUCUGGAGUCACAUUGACUCUCAUCUGUGGUACCCCCAUUCCUGGGUGUGGCUGACUGCGUCUCAGAUUUUCGGUUUGCUGUUUGCUGCUCACAAUCCGGAGGAUUUGGUGAGCCAGUGGAACAACAGGAACGCUGAAGGAAAUGGGAAGACAUCAGAGCCUGUAGCCACCACUUUCUUACUGGAUAAUCUAGACAAAAAGAUGAGAGAGCUGGUUUUAUCAUUCUGUCAUCAGCUGCAGUCGAAGUUCCUGGAUCAGUCGCUGGGAGAGCAGGUGGUGAAGAACCUCGUCUUUGUGGCCAAGGUGAUCUACCUGCUGGCGCCGGACUCCGAGCCGCUGGCGGGGGCGGGGGGGGAUUCGGCCGGCGAGGAGGAGGCCGAGGAGCCGGCCGGCGGGGCGAGAGACUCGGGGGGCUCGGACAGGCUGCCCUCGCUGCUGUGGGUGAUGAAGAAGCUGUCCGUGCUGGCCAAGAGGGAGGCCGCCAGCACGCCGAAGGACCCCUUGAAGAGGACCUGUGUCUUCAAGUUCCUGGGUGCCAUUUCGGUUCAUCUUGGGAAAGACAGGCUGAGCCCUUAUCUGACCACCAUAAUUGGACCCCUGUACAGAGAACUGGACAGCACUUACGCAGAGCAAGACCCCACUCUGAAGAACCUUUCCCAGGAAAUUAUCGACCUGCUGAAGAAGUUGGUGGGCCUGGAGAGCUUCUCCCUGGCCUUCGCCGCUGUUCAGAAGGAGGCCACGCAGAGGCGGGCUGUGCGGAAACGGCACAAGGCCAUGCAGGCGGUCGCCCAUCCUGAUGUCGCCGCGAGCAAGAAACUGAAGAAACACCAGAAGAAGAUAGAAGCCAGGAAGAGGAAGAUUGAAUUUCUGCGUCCCGGGUAUAAGGCCAAGAGGCACAAAAGCCGUGGACUGAAAGACUUGGCAAUGGUGGAGUGAGGAACCAGCAGGCACUCCCCAGGCCUCAGGAAGUGAAUUUAAUUGGCCAUUAAGGAGUGUGCACCUCGUGUCACGUUGACAGUACUGAUGGCAAUCUUUAACUUCACUUUCAGUGAAUAAUGUAAGGCUGAAAAUACUUUCUGUAUUAAAAAUUUGUACUUUAUUUUUUAAAGGAUACCAUUGUGUGUCCAGUCACACUUAAA